AUGGCCCCUACACCACGCAAGCCAGUCCCACGUCAUGAACAGUCAUCCGACUCGAGCGACUCUGACAUCUCUAGCGUCGAAGAUGGCGACGCGUACGAGAGCCCGGAUAACGAAGAAGAAGACCCGGACCAGGAAUACAACGUCGAUGCCAUACCGUACGCGUACUCUUUCAGAGAACCCGAAAAGAAGAGCAGAGGCAGGAAAAGUAAAGCGCAGGUGAUCAGGGAGGAGGCUGCCAAGGCCAAGCCGCAAUGGCAUUAUGGUGUGAUUUGGAAAGGAUAUCUGAAGGCUCUGUCUGAUUCGCCGCAACCUGUUGACUCGUUCGAAGGGCCAAGACCGCCUGUCAUCGUCCGGUUCUGGGAGGGCAUGGGAAUGACGCCCUCCGACGGGUCGCUAGAACCUCUGGACAAAGUUGGAGACAGAUACUUCCUGCCUUCUCACGCAAUGAAGCAAUGGCUGAGCGAAGAACCCACAAGAAGCUGGAAACUAUUCAAGAAGCGCCAGGAGCUGCAGAGGGCUCAUGUCGAGCGUGUCAGCAGGGGUCAAGCCACAGGGAUGUUCAGAUGUCCCAAGCGCUAUUCCGACCACUACCAUUGGCUCAAAUUCAAGAAGCGCUCAGAACAAGCCAUGGGAAUGAAGACGGAAGGGAGGAGGCCCUUCUCGUCCAGAAUAUUGGGCAGGUCGUCAGACGAGAGCGACUCGACUGAAGACGACGAUGCUGUCCCUCUGAAAGCCACGCAGGCCUCCAAAAGAAAGGCAGCUGGCCAGGGUAACGCCAAUAUUCCCAAGAUUAAAACAGACAAGCCUGCGGCUAGCAAGAGAAAACGGGCGUUGACCUCGUCAACCGACUCAGAUGCUUCAGCCGACACACCACUCUCUUCCUCAAGGAGAAUGAAGGUUCCGAGGCCUAGCGAUUCCAGGUCAGGUUCUCAAGCUGGCGUACCCAAACCCGGGAAGCCGAUUGAAGUCAACAUAGAGGAGAGAGACGGGGCAACAUCCGAGGAGAGGGUAUCGAAGACUGAAGAAGGCCAAAAUGGCUCGGCAGAGAAGGCUACGCGAGCAGGGAGUGACAAGAAGGGGGAGAAAACAGGGGAUGCCGUCGAUUUUGGGGAGCUGGAUCAUGGCAUAUUCGAGCUGCCUCCGCCCGGUCUCACUGAGUCAAACGCGACCUCGGCGCCGAUAACGUCAGAGCGGCGUUCUUUGGGUACCGCUCCAGUGUCUGCCCAAGCACCACCGCCCGCUUCCGAACACCCCACAGCCUCUGAUGGGACCGACAAACCCCCGUCUUCUGAGAAAUCGAUCCCUCCUGUCGGUGAAUCUGCACCGUCGACAGUCACGGCUCGGGCUUCACCGUCUGUCAACACCCCUUCAUCUACACCUGCCGCCGCCUCAACACCUGCCCAGGUGCCGGUGACCGCCCUCAAUCAGCCAGCAGCUCCUGCCAAGACGGAUAAGCCUUCAUCCUCCAAGGGAUCCGUCCCUCCCCCCGGGAAAGCUGCCCAGUCCACAGUCCCGCUCAAGGCUCCAUCGUCUGCCAAAUUGCCAUCGUCUACAUCAGCCAACCCUCCAUUGUCUACGUCAUUGGCCAAACCUGCCGCAGGAGCUCAGAAAAAGGUCAAGGAGUCGUAUGAUCCAAGAAAAGCUCCUAGGAAAGAUCCCAAGGGAGAAGCCCUUCAUGCGUCCUCUGCAGCUCAACAGGCCCCUGCGGUCGCAAAGGAUUGGCUGAAAACCAUGAAGAUUGCAAAAAGGACGCAACCAGUGCCUGAACCUGCUAGUUCUUCUUCCCCAAAGCUGGCGGAACCUUCCCAUGCUGUGCUCUCAACAUCCGGUGCGGUCGAUUACGAUUCGGUCCACGAACCAAGAAGGGGAUCUGUUACUGCAUCCGGUUCUACCAGGCCUCUUUCGGGUCCGUCUCCUCACGCUCCCGCCGCCGCACUGCCAGAACCUAGCGCCGCUGGUCCGGGUAUACAUCCUCUGCGUGUUAUGGAUCAGCCCGUUCAAUCGUCCUCAAUCCCUGAUGCGCUUGUUGGCGAGUCACCGGCCACUGUCGACCAUCCACCCGGUCAAACGGGCGAACGCCGCGCCUUUCAUCCAGGAUCGAUCAACUUGACUACCUCCCCCAAUAUUGAGUCAAGCUCAUUGCCGUCCAAUACUCCGGGAGCCAUCCUUGGCCCUGGUGGAAAAGAGCGUCCAAAGUACGAGCAACCUAAGCGUAUCAAACACAUCGAUAAUGACGACGAGAUUAUAACACCACAAGAAGCUCGAAGGAGGAGGAUGACAGGAGAAGACGGUGCUAGCCCAGCCUCGCCGAACAGAUCAAAAACCAGCAACUUCCCCCACACCUCCAAGACAACCCAGAGGAAGAAAGAUACGGAAUUUUUGGCAUCUACGACCAGGUUGUCUGUCGGCCGAGCGUCGGAGGAACAGCAGCGCCCAGGAGCAGCGCAGAGAAAGACGCCAGAUGGGAGUCCAGCGCAGAUGCGUAGAGUGGGCAGCACGACGUCGUCCUUGGCAGGAUCGAUGACACCUCCGCCUGUGCCAAGGGGCAGGGCGUCUUUGGAUAGAUCAAGAGAAGGGUCAGGCGUGGCUCCUACUCGGGAUGGGACAUAUUCACCGCCUGUUGACAGGGCUGGCAAGCCAUUAAAUGCUGUCACAAGACAAGGCAGCGCGGACCAGCCCAAGCCUCCUAUAGCUGUCUAUCAACCGCGCAACAAGGCACAGGUCCCGCCGCAACCUCCAACGACUGCUGUACAGUCGAACGCACCGAGUGAUCCCCGACUAUCAAUCCCUGCAACCCGAGAAACAUAUCAGUCUCAGUCCCCGGCUCCUCUGGCCAGCGGUGACAACGUUCAAAGUCAGCGACAACAGCAUGGGACAUUGCAUCCGGGUCUCACUAUCGUCAGUUCCCCUUCGACGAUCAAACCAAAUUACAUCCCGACACCGAUGUCAGCUCGACCGCCCACGCCUGUUGACAGCUCCCCGAAAGCACUCCCCACCACCUCCAUACCCACACCAACGACAGCUCGGCUGCCCUCGCCCCUGAGCAAAUCCCCAAAGCUCCUUCUCACCCUACAACGGCUCCGCUCUGAUACCAAAUUUCCGGACGGUCCCGAAUUGAGUGACAAUGGCCAAGCAGUCCCUCUCGCAUCGGCAGCGAAUGUCGACCCUUCUUUGUGCCCUGUUCAGUCUUUGAACGUGAUCCCAGAAAACGUGGUGACACUAUCCCCGUAUCUUUUGUUGAAGCACCCAAAGAUGUGGGUGAGAGUGAUGAAAGCAUUGAGGGGUACGCGGAGAUGGGGCGCGUAUCUGACCCCGUCUGUGCUUUGCUUUUUGAAGCAGACGUGGGACAACCACGACUACGACCUAAGCCCGGACCCCACCGAGUCAUUCAGCGCUCUCAUCAGCAGCCUCCCUCUUGACGGGGGUCACGCCUUUCAUACCGGUGCCCCCUGGGGUAAGGCCUAUGGCCUUUCGGUCAGCUGCAACCCGCCAAUGAAGAAGCUCAAGAGACCCUUGAUGGAAUGGCGUCUAUGGCUGACCGAUGUUGUCCGCCAAAACGACUUUGAGGCACUUGUCAAGAAGUGUAUCGGUGUUGAGCAGGGCCACUUUGAACAGAUGGUUGCCAGAGACGCCGGGCAGGCGCUGCCGGAGCCAGACCCGGUCGAUCGGGAAGAAGUGAUUCUCGAGCAAUUGAGAGAUCUUACGGCCAUGAAGACAAAUGAUGAGCUGGUGUAUACUAGGUAUGUGUAUGUGGGGCACUUUGAGCUAGGAGACGCGAACAGGAAGAAGGUGGAGCGGAAUUAUAGUCAUGGCAUUGAAUACAUGACUCCGGAAGAGUUCAUAGCGAUGGUGGAAAAUGAGAAUCCACCGGCGCUGGCUCUUUGAACGAGGGAUACAAAAGACUUUCAUACCAUACCGAACCCAUUCGGUACAUGGCUCUUCUUCGCUGUGCCAACGCGACCUCGCCUUGCACCUCUUGGCAGCGCACACAAACUCCACACGUCCCAGACUUGUGAACGAUUUGGGCGGUGUCCCAUAGUCUGUACAUGUUGUAUGCAUUUACUUGUAGACUUUUGAGCAGUUUAAAAAACGUAUCCAUG